AUGGGAUCACUCUCACCUCAUAUAUGUAAUCUUUCAUUCCUUAGAGAAAUCAAUCUCCAAAUCAAUAGCUUCAGUGGCCCAAUUCCUCAAGAAAUCGGCCUUUUAAGAAGACUUGAGUAUAUAGAAUUUUUGAUAGACUACAACCUCUCCGGACCCAUACCUUCGGAGAUUCGGUAUUUGGAGAAACUAAGAGAUCUAGGCUUGGCUAAGAACAAAAUUUCAGGAGUAAUCCCUCGAUUUAUUGGAAACGUAACAUCUUUAAGAACCCUUUAUUUAAGGUCUUGCGGUUUGGAAGGAGAAAUUCCGGAGUCCAUUUCCCAACUUACGAGGCUAAGUAAUCUUAAUUUGGGUGACAACAAUCUCACAUGCUCCAUUCCUUCAGGUUUGUUCAAUAUAUCUACUAUUGAGCAAUUCGUAGUUGAUUUUAAUGGUCUUCAUGGACCGAUACCCUCUACUAUAGGCCUCACUCUCCCUAAUUUAAGUUUUCUUAGUUUGGGGAGGAAUCGAUUUAGUGGAAGGGUUCUGAUUUCAAUAUCGAACGCUUCUUCACUUGAGUCGUUGGUGUUAUCAUUCAACGAUUUUACUGGGCCAAUGCUAAUGUUUGGAGGACUUUUGCUGUUUAGUUCCUUAUACGCCGAAAAAACCUUAGUUCAAGACGAUUUUAGUUUCGUUUCAUCCCUCACGAAUUGCACAAACCUACGUGCUUUUGAUCUUUCCAGCCCAUUCAUUAGUGGUCAAAUCCCAGAAAGCAUCGGAAAUCUUUCCGUUAACCUUGCCGCUAUAAGGAUUAGUGAUACCCAACUACGAAGGAAAAUUCCAUCUGGUGACAUACCGUUUUUAUUCGGAAACUUGAGUUCGAUUAUUAAAUUAAACUUGUAUGAAAACAAUUUUUCCGGAGCUAUUCCUAAGAGCCUUGGUGUAUUUGGCGAUGGGGUGACGGUUAUAGCUCUGAAAGUGCUUAAUCUUGUUGUGAAAGGGGCCUCUAAGAGCUUCUUGGCGGAAUGCAAUUCUCUAAGAGGCAUACGACACAGGAAUCUCGUGAAAAUAUUGAGUGUGUGUGAGAGAAUAGACUUCCAAGGAAACAAUUUCAAAGCAUUGGUGUAUGAAUUUAAGGCAAACAGGAGUUUGGAUAAAUGGUUGUACUACAACAGUGAACAAGAAGAGGGAUCCGAUGCACAACUUAGAAAUCUCGAUUUGAUCGAGAGGCUCGAUAUCACCAUCGAUGUUGCUCAUGCACUGGAGUAUCUCCAUUCAGGUAUCGGUUCGGUAAUUGUUCACGGAGAUUUGAAGCCGAGUAAUAUUAUUUUAGACGAAGAUAUGAAUGCUUGUGUUGGUGAUUUCGGAUUGUCCAAGAUUAUUUCGAGUGUACUUCCACCGCGUGAAAAUAGCAGCACAACUGGGAUCAAGGGUACAAUCGGCUAUGUCCCUCCAGAGUAUGGGACGAGUAACGCGAUCUCAACAGAGGGGGAUGUGUAUAGCUACGGCAUCCUCGUAUUGGAGAUGUUCACAAAUAAAAGACCAACAGACGAUUCGUUCAUGGAUCAGGUCAAUCUUCACAAUUUUGUUGAUGCUGCGUUGCCGGAUCAUGUGAUGGAAAUAUUGGACCCCCUAGUUCGAAUAGGCCCUCGCCAGAAUAACAAUAAGUUUGAGGAUUGCAUGGCUUGUAUUCUCAACAUUGGAGUAUGGUGUUCAAAGGAAAUGCCGAGAGACAGGAUUACUAUGUCGGAUGUCGUUAGUGAAUUGCGUAAGAUUCAAAAAGAAUUAUCAAGCUAG